AUGGGGCGGGUCGCUGGCGCACUUGAGGCGGCCCGCCUCGUCGCUCCGAUGACACCUUGCGCGAUAGAAGAUGUGAUGUGGCCAGCACACGAAGCACAGAAGGGCGCUCGACACUCGCCCGUGGAGGCCGUCCUGAUCGAAGCCCCAACUCGAGCCAGCCUGCGCGCCUCCGCCGACGCCACACCCGUGGCUGUGCCGCUCCCUCCGUCGAUCGCGCCCGCGCCGCACGGAGACCGGGCCGGUCCACAGUUGGUUCGCGCCGCGAUGGCUGGCUACCGCCUCCCAGCGUCCUCUCCCCUCGACACACUCGUCCGCAAGACUUCCCAGCGGAGGCCGACGAACGAACCAGCCCGCGCUCAUGCACCCCCGCCGCGCCCGGCUCCACCCCCGCGCUCGCCGCUCAUCCGCUCCCGCUUCGACCAGGCGGUCGAGUGGGGGGAGCAGUAUGUGCGCAUGUGGGGCUCUCGCGUCUCCGCCGAGGUCCAGGAGAUCAUCGCGCACAUGCGAGAGCACCCGGAUCGGUAUGAGACCGCCACCAUCCCCCUCCUCCAAUCCACCAACGAGCACGCCCUCUUUUGGGAAAAGAUCGCCGCCGUACGUGCGCAUCCCGAGCAACUGUCAACCACCACCGACGGCUCGCCCUACGCCGUCUCAGAAUACGAGAAAUGGCUCUACUAUCACGGAAACCGCAACACGCUCGUCUACCGCUCCGACCUGCAUAGCAAUCCCUUCCCCAGCCCUUCGCCCGGUGCGCGGCCCCCCCAGAGACGCCUCGACCACUUUAGCAGGAGGAUGCACCCGGCGUUGCACGGUGCGUGGAAUGCCCCGGCGCGAGUGCACAAUCAGGUCUGCGACGCCCUCAGAGCCCGGGGCAUCACGUUUUACGACGCGUGCCUCUAUCGCGUUCGCGAGGGCGACGAGGACGAGGACGUGUGGCCAGCGCCGGAGGGUCGGCCGAUCGUAUGGGUCCUCGUGCCCCCGGGGGCUGUUACGGCGGAGGUGGCGCACGAGGUGAGCGAGGAGAUCUUCGCGCUCUUGGAGAAGCAAGGGAUCGCGCGGGGUGAUCUGGAGGCCGAGUGGGCGGAGGGGCAUGUGCGGAUCUGGGGUCCCGGCGAGAACUAUGUGGAGCUACAGAAAAAUUUCUCGUUCUAG